AUGUCCGAGAACUAUGGCUUCUACUCCCUCAAGGCCGAGCUCGGCAACGGGAAGGAGUUCGACUUCGCCGAGCUGAAGGGCAAGGUCGUGCUGAUCGUGAACGUCGCGUCGAAGUGCGGAUUCACGCCGCAGUAUAAGGGCUUGCAGGCGCUGUACGACAAGUACAAGGACAAGGGCUUCGUGAUCCUCGGGUUCCCCUGCAAUCAGUUCGGGCACCAGGAGCCGGAGGACGACGCGAACAUCGCGACGUUCUGCGAGCGCAACCACGGCGUGACCUUCCCCCUCAUGAAGAAGUCGGAUGUGAACGGCGACCACACGAACGAGGUCUACAAGUGGCUGAAGAACCAGAAGGCGGGCAUCCUUGGCCUCACGCGCAUCAAGUGGAACUUCGAGAAGUUCCUCGUCGACAAGAACGGCAACGUCGUCCACCGCUGGGCAUCCACCACCACGCCCGAGACGAUUGACGCCGAGGUCGCAAAGCUUCUUGAGCAGUAA